AGUGCACCGACUGAGAGGGAACAAAUAUUCUCACAGGAGUGAUUUUUUUUUUCAGUAGCCUACUGCAAUGACCGGAUUAUCUAUUUGUUUCACCUGGGCCUUGGCAGCUUUUGUUUUCGUAACACCUGCAGAGUCCUCUCCAGUUGUCGGCCCAGAACCUAUCCGCUGCGCCCCUUGCACUCCAGAACAGCUCGGCCAGUGUCCCGCAGUGCCCACAAACUGCCGUGAGGUGCUUAGGGAACCGGGCUGCGGAUGCUGUUUCGCUUGCGCUUUGGAGAGAGGAGAUAACUGCGGCGUCUACACGGCACACUGCGCCACCGGCCUACGCUGUUCUCCUCGACCAGGAGACCCAAGACCCCUCCACUCACUUACCAGAGGACAUGCUGUCUGCACAGAUCAGGAUGGGGGUGAAGAUGAGGGCACAGAUCACGGGUCCAUUCAGCACUAUCUGGGCCUGAACAGACCACUGGAUGCUCUGGAGGCCCAAGAGAGCUUGAAGGCAAAAGUGAACGCUAUCCGGAACAAACUCGUGCAGCAGGGACCAUGCCAUACUGAACUGCAUGCAGCCUUGGACAUGAUUGCCACAUCCCAACAGAAACUGGGAGAAAAAUUUACAAGCUUCUACCUCCCCAACUGUGACAAGCAUGGCUUUUACAAAGCCAAGCAGUGUGAGACGUCUCUAGUGGGACAGAGUGCACGCUGUUGGUGUGUGUCUUCAUGGAAUGGCAAACAGAUUCCAGGAUCCAGUGACAUUCCUGGAGAGGCUCAGUGUCAUCAGGAAGUCACUCAUUAAAGACAUACUCAAAGCCAGACACACGUGUGUGCAAGCUCGCGCGCACACACACACACACACACACACACACACACACACUACACUUAUCCACACACAAGCUCUGACACAUAUGCUCACCCACACAAAAACACACACACACACACACACACACACACACACACAUGCUUAUGGAGACACCCACACACAUACACACAUGCUGAUAACCUUUUAUGUAUGUUGGCAUUAUAUUAAGACUUAUUUAUUCCAAAUGUAUAUGUGGAGAGUAAUAUGCCAGUCUCUGGUGAUUUGUUUAUGACUAUUUAUAUAUUUACCUAUUUUUAUUGUAAGUAGGAAAACACUGUAUGCAUUUGUUUCUGACUAAACAACUCCAUCUGCAAAGACCACACACCUCCAGGUUCAGCCAAGCCCAAUACAGAGUCCUUGGGAUCUGUUUUUGAUUCACUCAAAUAUUGGAUCAUUGCACUGUGGAUCUUUCUAAUUAAUAUAGCUCUGGGGCUUUGUGUAUAUUUUUCUGUUUAUGCUUUGUCAUAUUUCAUGUUCAGAUGUUGUGCUGGCUUUCCAAGCGUUGAAGGAAAACUACAGAUAUCUACAAAUGUCGGCAGGCGUACAAUUGCUUUGUCAGUUAUAGUUCUAUAACAUAAACAUACUCUGGGUGUUCUGGUUGAGUGGUACUGCAGUACAUGUUUUACAGUAAGACUGCAGGUGGAUAGGUUUUACCAACCCCUACCUCUUCGGGCUGCAGCAGACCGUGGCCCAUUUCAGUCUCUUGGCACAGAUGGUCCAGUUUCCUGUUGUUUGGCUUAUAGGAGGUGCAGCAAGUUGAGUGGGCACUGGAUUGGCUUUGGCAAGUAUUACUAAGCCAUUAUAUAGACACAGAUAUAUUAUUGUGUCAGUAAGCCUGUGAUAAAGUUUUAUUAUACGUGUGCCACCCAAUGUGAUGUACAAUUCUUUCAAAAAAUACCAUUCUCAGGGUCUGGCCGUGUGCUUUAGCGAGUCUGCUGAGCUGUGUGGCGUUAUGUUGCUGCAAAAUUCAACAUACAAACUUAAUACAAACCACUGUCUUUGGGAAAGCCUAUUACCAAUGUAGGCCAUGUUUUUUUUUUUUUUUUUUUUUUUUUUUAAACUGGAGUGAGGCUGAUGCACAGAGGACUGUACUUAGUCUGAAGACACGUUUGUCCAUGAUGCUGCUGUUUCUGUGUGCAGGUGUAAACUACAGUCCUUCUGCAUCGGUGUAGAUAAAUGCUGCUAUUGUUUUAUUUUUGGUUAUUCCAUUUUGGGUGCAGUUCUUUAAAGAGCUGUUGCAUUGUAUCAACACUUGUGGUGAAAAACUGUAUAUUCUUUCAAUAAACCUGUUGUCUUUGACACA